GGUUUCUACCUGGUUGUCUUCCUGGUUUUUCGGUGUGAAGAGGUUUCUUUCUCUUUCUGCCUGUUGUAAACAACUAAAGACUUCAGUGUCUCCAGAAUGUGUUUUUAUGAUCGCAGUGUUUUGAUGUAAACUGUCGUUGGAGACUUUAAUCUGACGCGUCGAGGCUUUUAAAGUGAAACCAGCGGGAGGAUCAAAGUGCUCCGUCGGUCACCAUGAGAGCAGAAGCGUUCCUCCUCUGUGUGUUCCUCCGGCUGACCGAGCCCGCCGCUCCGCCGGCAGCAGAGCAGCACGACACGGCGUCUCUCAGGUCGAUGCUGGACGACUUUGAAGUGCUGCCUCUCUCCGGCCUGCAGACGCACUCCGUCCACCGCCGCGACGCCCAGACACAGACUCACCUGGAGAAGCUGCUCAGCUUCACCGCCCUGCAGAGACAGUUCAGACUCUACCUGAGGACCAACGAUCAGCUGUUCACUGAGGACUUCAGAGCCGUGGUCGUGGACGAGGACGGCGUUGAGCGUCCCGUCUCCGUGAACAGACACCACUACUUCACGGGACACGUGAUCGGAGAGGAGAACUCUCGGGUUCAGGCUCACAUGGACGACCACGAGUUCUCUGCUCACAUCCUCACCGACGACCACGAGUACAACGUGGAGCCUCUGUGGAGGUUCACGUCGGCGCCCCCUGAUGGUCGUCUGCUGGUCUACCGCUCAGAGGACAUCAGGAACCUGAGCCGCCUGCAGCAGCCUUCAGUCUGCGGCUACGUGACCUCUGACCUCCUGCCCGACGGCGUGAGAACCACCUUGUUGGAGGAACAAGAGGAAGAAGAGUCGUCGUUCAGAGUGAAGCGUCAGCUGCCCGACCACCGGAGGAACACCUGUGCUCUGCUGCUGGUGGCCGACCAUCGCUUCUUCAAACACAUGGGCCGCGAGGAGGAGAGCACCACCCUCAACUACCUGAUCGAGCUGAUCGACCGUGUGGACGACAUCUACAGAAACACGUCGUGGGACGAUGAGUUCGUGGGCUACGGCGUUCAGAUCCAGCAGAUCAUCAUCGAGAAGAGUCCGACUCCGGUCGCUCCGGGAAGCCACUUCAACAUGAGAGGGAGUCCAGUGAAGGGUCGAGGAGUCUGGGACGUCAAGAAGCUGCUGGAGGAGUUCAGUGUGGACAUCGCAGAGAAAGCCUCCAACGUCUGCCUGGCUCACCUCUUCACCUACCAGGACUUCGACGAGGGGACUCUGGGUCUGGCCUACGUGGCCCCGUCCAAACCGGACAUCCCCGGAGGUCUCUGCUCCAAAGCCUGUCUGUCAUCGACCAACGAGCAGAGGAACAUCUACCUGAACACGGGCCUGACCAGCACCAAGAACUACGGCAAGACCAUCCUGACCAAGGAAGCCGACCUGGUGACGACUCACGAGCUCGGACACAACUUCGGAGCGGAGCACGACCCGGACAACAUCCCGUACUGCGCCCCGCGGGAGGACCGGGGGGGGAAGUACGUCAUGUACCCCAUCGCCGUGAGCGGGGACCACGUCAACAACAAGAUGUUCUCUAACUGCAGCAAACGCUCCAUCGUGAAGCGCCUGAGGUCCAAGGCUCCGUCCUGCUUCAGGCAGAGGAACGUCAACGUGUGCGGUAACUCUCGGGUGGAGCAGGGCGAGGAGUGCGACCCGGGUCUCCUGCACAUCAACACGGACCGCUGCUGCACCGCCGAGUGCCGCCUGACCGCCGGAGCUCAGUGCAGUGACAGGAACAGUGCGUGCUGUAAAAACUGCAUGUUCGAGUCCGAAGGGGAAGUGUGUCAGGAGCCCAUCAACGCCACCUGUAAAGGUCACUCGUACUGCACAGGAAACAGCAGCGAGUGUCCUCCUCCGGAGAACGCCGCCGAUAAGACCGUGUGUCUGGACAGCGGCGAGUGUCUGAACGGAGAGUGUGUCCCGUUCUGUGAGGCCAUCCUGAGUCUGCAGCCCUGCGCCUGCAACGAAACCAACUCCUCCUGUACAGUCUGCUGUCGCGGCGGCGGUGGCGUCUGCGCUCCGUACCAGGACUCCUCGGGCGACUUCCUGUUCCUGCGUAAAGGGAAACCCUGCACCGUGGGCUUCUGUGACGGAGCGGGGAGGUGCAUGAAGCAGGUCCAGGACGUGGUGGAGCGACUGUGGGACUUCAUCGACAAACUGGACAUCAACACGUUGGGGAAGUUUCUGGCCGACAACAUCGUGGGCUCGGUGGUGGCGUUCUCUCUGCUGUUCUGGGUUCCAUUCAGCAUCCUGGUCCACUGUGUGGACAAGAAGCUGGAUAAACAGUAUGAACAGAACACCAAGUCUCUGUUCUUCCCCAGUAAUGCCGAGCUCCUGAGCAGCCUGGAGUCGGCAUCAGUUCGGAUCUUCAAACCUCCAACCUUCCCCACCAGCACCUCCUCCGCUGGGCUGCGUUUCCAGGCGUCCAGCCCCCAACAGACCAGCACCCCUCCGGGCCCCGACCCCGCCCAUGACUCCUCCCCCGACACAGGCCCCGCCCCUCUGGACAGCCCCCGCAUGGCCACCAUCCAGGAGGACCCCAGCUUGGACUCACACCUGGACCAGGAGUCUCUGGAGGAGGCGUUCGGCCGGCCGGCGGGGUCGACUCAGCGCUCCUUCGAGGACCUGACGGAGAAAGGUGUGACGAGUCGCAGCGGGAAGGCGAUGUUCAGACUGCAGAGACAACAUCAGAUAGACACCAAGGAGACGCAGUGCUGAGAGGACACACCUGGAGAGAGAGGACACA